UGCUGUCUUUACGACAGUUAUUUAGUUUAUAAUAUUUUCGCUUAGUAAUUCAUUCAAUAGUAUUUUCUAGUUAGAAUUAGAAGUGUUUAAAGUGUAUUCAUUGCAUGUAAAAUAUAUCGGCAUGCGAUGACGUCACAUCCGGUUUCGCCGCGUCUUGUGGGAAAACACCGGUUUGAAAUCAGCGCGAGGGUGGGGGCUUUCCACGAGGCUCACCUGAGCACAAGCAGUUUUGCAGGCAUGAGAAAUCACAGUGAGAGCAACGCUUUUUCACCAUAUGUUAAUGUGAAGAGUGAACAGUAAAUGGUUAAUCUUACUGCGAUCUGGUUUGCAUUGGCUGUGGUUUAUCCGGACGUUAAAUUCGGCGUUUCGUUACACCCGAAGGAGAACGUUACAGUGAAAAAGCGGCAUUAUCAGGUGUUUCAAGUGCUGCAAUGUCAGCUCAAUCCAGCAUCAAGUCGACGCCGCCCAGCGACAAGGGCAGUAAACCGACAUCAAGUAAGCCCACCCGGGCGUUAUCAGGUGUUCCAAGUGCUGCAAUGUCAGCUCGAUCCGGGAUCAAGUCGAUGGCGCCCAGCGACAAGGGCAGUAGAAAUACAUCAAGUAAGUCCGCACAGGCAAGAGCCAAGGCAGAAGCCGCCAAGGUGCGACUGCAUUACGCCAAACAAGAGGCAGUUUUGAAAAUGAAACUGGCCACCAAAGAAGCCGAAAGGGCCGCCAGACAAAGAGAAGAGGCUGCCAGAGAAGCCGAAAUCCAGAAAGAAAGGGCCGCCAGAGAAGCCGAAGAGGCUGCCAGACAAAGAGAAGAGGCCGCCAGAGAAGCCGAAACCCAGUUGGAAAUGACAAAAAUAUCGACAGAGUUGCAUGUGCUGCAGCUAGAAGGAGAAGGAGAAGCUGCCAGGGUGGAAGCAGAGUACAUAGAAGAAGCUGAAGGGUCGCGUGAUCUGACCGAAACAAGUUCUGCUUUGGAAAGGACCAGACUGGAACGCACGAGCGACUAUGUACAAUAUCAAGCAGACAGGCAGGCUCGUCUCCCCUCUCCAUACCUAUUCGAUAACUUCCCCAGCUACGAGGAAGAGAAUUUACCCUCGCGGCCCCGCGAUGAAGUCAAGAAUGAAAGAGCUGACAACCGAUAUACUUUGACACCAAAGUUACAAAGUUCGAUGCGAAGAGACGCGGAGGUUGAAUCCAGGAUGGCAAAUUCCAUGAGAAACGUGCGUUCUCAGUCAUAUGGGCGCCAACGUACUUCUCCAGCCCGCAUGCCGCUUGCAGCCGAUCCCACGCUGCAGUAUUUAGCACGACGGGAUCUCGUCACUUCGGGACUGUACCAGUUUGACGAUAAACCCGAAAAUUACCGUGCUUGGCUCUCCACAUUCACCAACGUGAUUGACGGGGUCCAGCUCAGUGCAACCCAAAGGUUGGACCUAAUGGCGAAAUGGCUGGGGAAAGAAUCACGCGACCAGGUGAGACGCAUGCGUUCAGUGUACAUCAACAAACCUGAGCUAGCCUUAAGCGAAGCGUGGGAGAGACUUUGGGAGAGAUAUGGGUCCCCCGACAUUAUUGAAGGGGCGCUAUAUCGACGUCUGGAAAACUUUCCUAAGGUGUCAGCCAAAGAUCACUUUAAGUUAAGAGAAUUCGGAGAUUUACUCAUGGAGAUCCAAGGCGCCAAAGAAGAUGGCUAUUCAGCUGGUCUAGUAUUCCUAGAUACUCCAUCCGGGAUUAGACCAAUUGUGGACAAACUUCCAUUUGGGCUGCAGGACAAGUGGCUGACUGUUGCCUCAGAGUACAAGGAAGACCACGAUGGUCGAUUUCCUCCCUUUGAGCUCCUCACUAGGUUUGUGUGCAAGGAGGCGAAGAGGCGAAACGACCCUAGCCUUGUAGGUCCAGGAAGCAGUUCGAUUUACACCAAGCCAGGCAGAUCCGUUUCGAAUGUUUUCAACAUUGAUAAACCCGUGUCAGUGCUCAAGACCGAAGCCCUUACGACUAACAACGACCCUGGCAAGUAUUGUCCAUUGCAUAACAAACCUCACCCCCUGAAAGCAUGCAGAAUGUUUAGGGAAAAAACCCUUGAAGAGAGGACGGCUCUUCUCAAGGAGAAAAGAAUAUGUUUUAGAUGCUGUUCCUCAACCUCUCACCUCGCCAGAGAGUGUACGAUCGCCGUGAAGUGUCCGGAAUGUGGCAGCCCAGAUCACGUCGAGGCCAUGCAUCCCGACCUGUCACCACAAACCUAGAGCGCUCCUUCACCCCCACAACAGGACGGCGGGGAGGGAGAGGCUCACUCUAGGUCAAUAGCUGUCAGCACGAACUGUACAGAAGUUUGCGGUCAAGCUCAGUCAAGUCGUUCUUGUUCCAAGAUCUGCCUCACUAAGGUGUACCCUAAAGGAACCAAAGACAAGGCCAUCAAAGCCUAUGUGAUUCUGGAUGAUCAGAGCAAUCGUUCACUAGUCAGUCCAGAGUUCUUUAAAUUGUUCAACAUUGAGAGUGAGCGGUUCCCAUACUACCUCAAAACUUGCUCAGGCAACAUGGAAACCCAAGGAAGGAAGGCAGAAGGCAUCCAGAUCGAGUCCCUGGAUGGUAAAGUCGUCAUCUGUCUCCCUCCGCUCUUAGAGUGCAAUGAAAUCAUGAAUAACCGCGCUGGGAUCCCGACACCAAGUGCGGUGCUACACCAGCCGCAUCUCCACCACAUCGCCAAACACAUCCCAGAACUGGAUCCGAAAGCGGAAAUACUCCUGCUAUUAGGAAGAGAUGUUAUCCAGGUACACAAGGUUAGGCAGCAGAUCAAUGGACCACUCAACGCCCCCUUCGCGCAACGUCUGGAUCUGGGCUGGGUGGUGAUAGGAGAGGUGUGUCUCGGUGACGUACACAAACCGAUGGUUAACACACUCAAGACCAAUGUGCUAGAGAGUGGCCGCCAUUCAAUCUUUCAACCCUGCCCGAGUGUCCCGUGCAUCAAGGAAGCACAACAAGGCGUUAACAAGCGCGAGGCAAGCGACGAGUCGCUGGGCCAGUCAGUCUUCGCUCUAACGAAGUAUGACAUCAAACUUGCACAAUCAGCUCAAGAUACCAUUUCUUUAAAAACCAAAGACACCAAGGUCUUCAGAGAUGAAGCAAAUAAUGGGGUUGCCCCAUUGCCAAUCAGAGAACCACGCCAGCGCUCACCAGAUAACAAAGAGCAGGCAGUCAAACGGUUCACGUCCUUACGGAAAACCUGGAAAAGGAAACCUGAGAUACAGCAACGCACCCGAUUGGCCCACGAGGUACUGUGCACCCUAAUGGCAGAGGUCACAGCCAUUAUAAACGCACAAUCAUUCCUACCUGUGUCUUCUGACCCAGAAAACCCCUUUAUACUUUCGCCAUCAAUGCUCCUUACACAGAAGGCAGGAGCACCUCCUCCACCAGGAGACUUCUCAGACAAGGAUUUGUACACAAAGCAAUGGAGACAAGUCCAGGCUCUGGCAAAUCAGUUCUGGCCUCGCUGGAGACAAAAAUAUCUACCUUUGUUGCAACAGAGACAAAAGUGGACAGAACCCCACAGGAAUCUGGCCAACGGCCAGAAUCACUGUUACAUUCCCUAGCGGGGAUGGACAUGUCAGGAAGAUCGAAUUGAAGACUACCGACCAAGGCGAUGUGAAAAUUUACCAAGGGCCAGUUACAGAAGUUAUUCUACUUCUACCCAAUGACUGAUUAAGAGACUAAGUUUUGUACUCUGCUCAUUGUGACCUUACGAAGGUCAAGCGGGGAGUGUGCUGUCUUUACGACAGUUAUUUAGUUUAUAAUAUUUUCGCUUAGUAAUUCAUUCAAUAGUAUUUUCUAGUUAGAAUUAGAAGUGUUUAAAGUGUAUUCAUUGCAUGUAAAAUAUAUCGGCAUGCGAUGACGUCACAUCCGGUUUCGCCGCGUCUUGUGGGAAAACACCGGUUUGAAAUCAGCGCGAGGGUGGGGGCUUUCCACGAGGCUCACCUGAGCACAAGCAGUUUUGCAGGCAUGAGAAAUCACAGUGAGAGCAACGCUGUAAGUUAAUAGAUAAUCGAUAUAUUGAACUAAGAUGUUAAUGCUGAUCCUGUUACAGGUAACGACGGUAGAUAAUGUUUAUGCUUUCGUUAGUUAAAGAGUCGCGGAUAGUUUGCAUGGAAGUGUAUUUAAAGUAGUGAAUGGAGCAGGUAAACUCUCCCUGUAUACUGCACCUUAGUGUAAUGUAGUUAUAGUCACCUUUGCAAGUAUUUACACUUGAAAUGUGAUAUUAAGGAAGGAACAAAUACUGUAUCAAUCUUGUAUUGUUUUAUCAACAGUUUUCACCAUAUGUUAAUGUGAAGAGUGAACAGUAAAUGGUUAAUCUUACUGCGAUCUGGUUUGCAUUGGCUGUGGUUUAUCCGGACGUUAAAUUCGGCGUUUCGUUACACCCGAAGGAGAACGUUACAAAGGCAUAAACAGAAUGGAAGACACAAAGACAAUUGAGAUUUGCAAUUCAAACUGAACUGAGUAAUUCAAAGAAACAUUGGGCUGAAUCUUCCACUAAAUAUCUGCCGGAUCCAUAUGUCACUUACCUGUGCAACCAUGAGGAAGUUUAGGAGUCUCUUGGGAACACAUCCAAAUGCUGUUGACCCACAAAGUUUACUGACACUGAAAGAACUACCACACUCUG